UCUCUUAUCAAUAAAAGACCUUUUAGAAAAGCAAAUAGAGCGUCAAGAUAUCAUUAUAAACCACCUAAAUAAAUCAAAAGACCAAAUAUCCACAUCCACUAUUUCGGAUGCUCCUAUAGUGCAACCUCCUGUUUCCAUAGAAGGAUUUAAAAUGGAAACCAAUGGAGAAGAAUUUGUUCGUAUUUUAGAACAAAAAUUAAAGGGACUUAAUAUCACUGUCAUGUCCCAUGAAGAUUAUUCUGAAGAUAAUAAUGAUAACCAUAUUGACCAGCUUUCUGAUAUGUUUGCUAAUUUAGAUAUUAGUAACAUUGAAAUUAAUAAUAAUAACAGUAUAAACCCUGUUUAUUCCCCAAGGCCUAUAGAAAAGUAUUAUUACAAGCGUCCCUCACCGCAAGAUUUGCUUUUUGAGGAAUCAGAACCUUUCCAGAAUUCUUAUUCAGGAAAAGCCAUUUAUGAAUGGAAUGUUGAUGGUCUUAAUGACAAACAAAUUAUAGACACCAUCCAUAGGAUGAUCAUGUACUCUACUGUUUGUAAGCAACACGGAAAUUCUGAUAGUUCAAUUGCGUCCUUUAUAACAACAGGAUUUGUUGGCCAACUUAGAGGCUGGUGGGACCAUUAUCUUACUGAAUCUCAAAAAUUAGAGAUUCUUAAUCACAAAAAAAUCGUAAAAAACGAACCAAGAACUAGUACAAGCACUGUUGUGGCUAUGACCACCACAGGAGAAGAAGAUGCAGUGUAUACACUAUGUCUUUCCAUCUUACAACAUUUUGUAGGAACCAAUGUCCCCAUUGGAGAAAAGAUCCAGACACUUCUCCAAAACCUUAGGUGUCCUUCUCUUACCCACUUUAGAUGGUAUAAGGAUACUUUUCUUUCAAGAGUUUAUCAAUUAAACAAUCCCAAUUCUUUGCACUGGAAAGCAAAAUUUAUUGAUGGAUUACCCCAUUUCUUUUCUGAAAAAAUUAGACAAUCUUUAAGACAAAAAAAUGAUGGAAUAAAUAUAAAUUAUUCUGACCUUACUUAUGGUCAAAUAAUUAGUACUUGUGUUAAUGAAGGAUUAAAUUUAUGUAAUGACAUAAAGCUUAGAAAUCAACUUAAAAAGCAAAAGCUUUCUGAGAAACACCAACUUGGUGAAUUUUGCGAACAAUUUGCUUUUGAUCUUGGAAAAUCUCCAGAUAAUAAAAAGAAAAAAGGUAAAAUUUUCCGCAAUAAACCUUAUAGGGAUAAGCCAAAAAAUUCUUAUAAAAAUUCUUAUAAGAAUAAGAAAAGGAGUCACUACAAUAAAAGUAGACCUAAAGAAAAAUCUUUUGACCCUAAAGGUAAAAGAAAAGCCAAAAGGCUUGACAUAACAUGUCAUAAAUGUGGCAAAUCUGGCCAUUAUGCCAACCAAUGUUGGACUAAAAAAGCUCUUAAUGAAAUAGAAGAUGAACAAUUACGUUCUCAAUUAGAGAAAGUAUUACUUCUCAAUUCUGAUUCUGAAGAUUACUCUUCAGAAGAAGAUAUUAAUAUAAUUUAUGAAUCCUCUUCUGACUGCUCUUCUGAAUCUUCUAACAAUAAUAAUUGUCAAUGUAAUCAAUUAGAUUACUGGAAAUCAAUAGUUGAUAUGAAUGGGUUAAACGUUUUAACCUCAGAACAGGAUGAAGCUAUAAAGGCUAUAGAGUCCAUUUCUGAUACAAAUCUUAAAAGAAAAAUGCUUGAGGUUCUGAUCCAAGAAAACUCUAGAAAAGAAUCCCCUGUUAUUACAGAAGCACCUUACCAAUUAAGUGAGGUUUUAUCUAGAUUUAGACAAUCUAACAUCCGUGAAACUCCUGUUUCUAUUAUGGAUUUAAAUAGAGAAAUAAAUCUCUUAAAAAAUGAGAUAGCUCAAAUUAAAAAAGAAAACCAUGGUUUAUCUCAAAGACUUACUUUCUUAGAGUCCAAUAAUUCAAAAAUUGAAGAAAUAGCUUCCACUAAUAAUCCUUCACCUAGUGAUAGAUUCCUUUCUCUCAUUGAUAGAGUAACUUCUCAAAAAUGGUUUGUUAGAAUAACAUUAGUUAUUAAUAGAAAUUUCAUAUUAGAAAAUGAAGUUGCCCUUAUUGACAGUGGCACUGAUUUAAACUGCCUUCAAGAAGGAAUUAUUCCCACUAAAUAUUUUGAUAAAACUACCCAAUCUCUUACCCAAGCUGGAGGAGAUAAACUCACAGUUAAUUAUAAACUGUCUAAUGCUUAUAUUUGUAACAAAGAUAUUUGUUUACCCACUCACUUUAUUCUUGUAAAAAAUUUAACUCAUAGAAUUAUAUUAGGAACUCCCUUUCUGCAUAAAAUUAUGCCUUUGAUUAAUGUUGAUCAAAAGGGAAUUACUUCCAUUAUUAAUAAUAAAAGAAUUACUUUUGAAUUUAUUACUGAUCCUCAUACUAGGAUGAUUAAUGAAGUUAAAGAUAUUCUUCUUAAAAAGAAAAACAAAUUUGUUUUCUUAAAGAAGAAGUGGAUCUAUUAAACAUCACUUCUCAACUUAAAAAACCUGAAAUUCAAAAUCAAAUUAAAUUAAUUGAUCAACAGUUUAGAGAAGAAAUAUGCAAUGAUUUACCUAAUGCCUUUUGGGAUAGAAAGAAACAUGUUAUUUCUUUACCUUAUCUUGAUGACUUUAACGAAAGUCAGAUUCCCACUAAGGCUAGGCCUGCUCAAAUGAAUCAUGAGUAUUUGGAUUUAUGCAAAAAAGAGAUAGAAUCUCUUUUAGAGAGAAAAUUAAUAAGAAAGUCCAAAUCUCCUUGGAGCUGCACAGCUUUUUAUGUCAAUAAUGCUGCAGAAAAGGAACGUGGGGUUCCUAGACUCGUUAUUAAUUACAAACCACUUAAUAAAGUGUUAAAAUGGAUUAGAUAUCCUAUUCCUAAUAAAAAAGAUCUUUUAGAUAGAUUAAACAAUGCUUUAAUCUUCUCUAAAUUUGAUAUGAAAUCUGGUUAUUGGCAAAUUCAGAUUAAUGAAUCUGAUAAGUAUAAAACAGCUUUUACCGUACCUUUUGGACAUUAUGAAUGGAAUGUCCUUCCUUUUGGUCUUAAAAAUGCCCCUUCUGAAUUUCAAAAUAUUAUGAAUGAUAUUUUUAAUCCUUACACAGAAUUUAUAAUUGUUUAUAUUGAUGAUGUUUUAGUUUUUUCAAAAACUAUAGACCAACAUAUUAAACAUUUGAAAAUAUUCAAAGGAUUAAUUAAGCAUAAUGGAUUAGUAAUAUCUGGUCCUAAGAUGAAACUCUUUCAAACAAGGGUUAGAUUUUUAGGACAUGAAAUUGACCAAGGAACUAUAGUUCCUAUACAAAGAAGUAUUGAAUUUGCUUCAAAAUUCCCUAAUAUUAUUACAGAUAAGAAACAAUUACAAAGGUUUCUUGGUAGCCUAAAUUACAUAGCAGAUUAUUAUGAAAAUCUAGCUAAAGAUACGGCAAUAUUACAUGCUAGGCUUAAAAAGAAUCCUGGCCCUUGGACUGAAAAACAUUCUCAGGCAGUCCAAAGAAUUAAAAAUAAAGUGAAAUGUUUGCCUUGUUUAUCUCUUGCUAAUCCAAAGUAUUUCAAAAUUGUUGAAACUGAUGCUUCAGACUUAGGCUAUGGAGGAAUUCUUAAACAGGUUAUACCUGAAACAUCCAAAGAAGUUUUGGUUAGAUUUACUUCUGGAAAAUGGAAUCCAACACAAGCAAAAUAUUCAACUAUCAAGAAAGAAAUGCUUUCUAUUAUAAAAUGCAUUUCAAAAUUUCAAGAUGAUCUUCUUAAUAAAAAAUUUUUAUUAAAAAUUGAUUGUAGCUCAGCUAAAUCAAUUAUUGAAAAGGAUGUUAAAAAUCUUGUUGCUAAGCAAAUUUUUGCUAGUUGGCAAUCGCAAUUAUCUAUGUUUGAAUUUGAUAUUCAACACAUUAAAGGUGAAAAUAAUUCACUUGCUGAUUAUUUAACCCGUGAAUUUUUGCAGGGAAAAAAUGAUGACCCCAUAUAGGGGUAGAGGCCGCGGUUAUGGCCGUGGUGGGAGAGGGAGUAACAAAAUGUUACCCCAGCCAGAAUCAAACAUUCCUCUAAUAGGGGAUUGGACUACCGUCUACAAAAGUAGAAAAAUGCAGCAAUUACCUGCAUCUUCAGCAAAAAAGGAAGAUAUUGCUUCCUCUUCCUCUAAUAAAACUACAUCCUACAAGGAAGUUGCGGUUAAUAACCCACCUCAAGAACAAAUGGAUUAUUUCGAAAAUCCAGUAACUGAGAAAAUCAUGUAUAUUGAUGAUGAAGAUAUAAAGAUAAAUCCAAAUGAUGGUUGGUCCAUCAAAACUAGAUACCUCGAAUCAAGAGGAUAUCCAGGUCUUCAUGGAAAAUCUAGGCCCAACCUAGAAAUUCUCCUGACUGUUACCGAAUCGGUAACAAUUACUCACCAUUACCAAAACAAUAAUCCUGAAAGUUUUAUAAACUUCAGUAAAUGUCACAUUAACAAAAUUUUGUUACCAAGAGAAUGGGGUCUCAACCCAAAUGCUGAAAAAGCAAUAAGAAUUGCGGAAGGAAAGUAUAUUUACUUUAAUUAUUGGGACUAUGUCCAGGCUUUCACUCAAGCCUUUUAUUACCAAAAUCCCAAGAACAAGCAUUCUUGGUUUUUCUCUAUUAAUGAAGAGAUGGUUAAUAAACCCAUACCAAAUUGGUUUUAUGAAUGGUGGGCUAAACUUGGUCCAUCUUUGGAAAUUCUUCCUACAGAAAUUCUUAACUUAUAUAAUCCAUGGUGUGAUAAUAGUCCCCUUAUUGUAAAUAUUUUAUCUGAUAAUUUAAUCACUGGACAAUGUCCAUUAUUGUUCUUUAUUAAAUUUCAGAUUCCAUGGAUAUGGAGAUGGACAAUCACCAUAUCAAGAAACAAAUUCAACAUUCCCAUUUUAGAAAGAAAUUUCUUUUAUAAAUGGUGGAACAAGAUUAGUUCAGAAGAUGUCCAAAAUAAAAUUAAAUUAAUUGAAGAAGAAAUAGCUGGAGACCAGAACAAUAAGGUCAAGGAACAAAGCUCCCAACCAAUGUCUAUGGGAAACUUGAAGAACUUCUUCAAGAGAAAAUAUCCCAAUGAAUCAGAAGACGAAAUUAUGGUCAGAAUUUUGGAUCAUAUGAAGAACCAAUUCUUCUCUACUUUUCCAUCGAAAGCAUCAAAAGAUGAGGAUUCAUCUAUGAAGACAAGCUCUUCCAUGGGAUCAAUGGAUUCCCAUAAUUUUGAAGGUUUAGCAGGAGAAGGUCAAGCAGAUGAGGCUACUGCAGAAGAUUUCUGGGAUGCCAUGAUUCAAUCUUUGAAAGAAAAAAGAAAAGCAAAGAAUUAAUUUGUGACCUUGUCUAAAUAUAAUGAAGUAAGAAUCAAUAGACAAAAGGUGAAGGACAAGAAAUAAUAGAAGAAGAAUCUUUCCAAAAGAAAAAGGACAAGAGAAUCUUAUCUUGUCUUUAAUAAUUUCUAAGCAUAAUUGCAUGCAUUUUCUAUCUUUUGUAAAAGACAAGGGAAAAAGAAUCUUAUCUUGUCUUUAAUAAUUUAUAGGCAUGCAUUAGUUUUGUAGUUUCUUGUUAAUUGUUGUGACGAUGGGGCCCCAAGUGUACCCGACAAUAAUUAUACAAGUUACCGGCUAUUGUAAGUUUUAGUUACCGGCUUAAAUAGUAAGCCUUUUCUUCCCUAUAUAAAGGGAUUUAAGUUUCAUUUGUAGACACCUUCGAAGAAAAAAUAUAAAGUUUCUCAAAAUAUUGUCUAUACCUUUUUCUAUACUCCUUGCUUACACUAAAAACAUUCCGAUCCUGCUUCCGCUUUUUUCCGGGGAAGGGAGUUGUUGAAUUUGUUUCUUGAUAUGGUGAUUGUCCAUCUCCAUAUCCAUGGAAUCUGAAAUUUAAUAAAGAACAAUAAUGGACAUUGUCCAGUGAUUAAAUUAUCAGAUAAAAUAUUUACAAUAAGGGGACUAUUAUCACACCAUGGAUUAUAUAAGUUAAGAAUUUCUGUAGGAAGAAUUUCCAAAGAUGGACCAAGUUUAGCCCACCAUUCAUAAAACCAAUUUGGUAUGGGUUUAUUAACCAUCUCUUCAUUAAUAGAGAAAAACCAAGAAUGCUUGUUCUUGGGAUUUUGGUAAUAAAAGGCUUGAGUGAAAGCCUGGACAUAGUCCCAAUAAUUAAAGUAAAUAUACUUUCCUUCCGCAAUUCUUAUUGCUUUUUCAGCAUUUGGGUUGAGACCCCAUUCUCUUGGUAACAAAAUUUUGUUAAUGUGACAUUUACUGAAGUUUAUAAAACUUUCAGGAUUAUUGUUUUGGUAAUGGUGAGUAAUUGUUACCGAUUCGGUAACAGUCAGGAGAAUUUCUAGGUUGGGCCUAGAUUUUCCAUGAAGACCUGGAUAUCCUCUUGAUUCGAGGUAUCUAGUUUUGAUGGACCAACCAUCAUUUGGAUUUAUCUUUAUAUCUUCAUCAUCAAUAUACAUGAUUUUCUCAGUUACUGGAUUUUCGAAAUAAUCCAUUUGUUCUUGAGGUAUAACCUGUUUAAGAAUUCCUCCAUAGCCUAAGUCUGAAGCAUCAGUUUCAACAAUUUUGAAAUACUUUGGAUUAGCAAGAGAUAAACAAGGCAAACAUUUCACCUUAUUUUUAAUUCUUUGGACUGCCUGAGAAUGUUUUUCAGUCCAAGGGCCAGGAUUCUUUUUAAGCCUAGCAUGUAAUAUUGCCGUAUCUUUAGCUAGAUUUUCAUAAUAAUCUGCUAUGUAAUUUAGGCUACCAAGAAACCUUUGUAAUUGUUUCUUAUCUGUAAUAAUAUUAGGGAAUUUUGAAGCAAAUUCAAUACUUCUUUGUAUAGGAACUAUAGUUCCUUGGUCAA